AUGUCGCUUAGCAAAACAGAGCCCAGCGCUGGCGAGGACAAGCUCACGGACGAGGUAAAAGUCAAAACGAAACGGAAAGACGAGAAAAAGGAAAAAAAGAGCAGGAAAACAUCCAAGCAGGGAACUGAGCAUGACGAGUCAAAUACAGUGGAAGGAGAAAAAGAGAGCAAGUCGAAAAAGCGACCGCGAGACGAGGAAAAGGAAGAGAAAACCGAGACUGAAAAAGUGCGCAAGAACAAGAGGAAGUCUGUGUCUUUUGCCGAUGACAAUGACAAUGACAAUGUCGAUGCAAAGGACGACACACAACUCAAUCCAAACGAUGCGGCAAUCGACGAAGAACACCUGCGCAAGAAAAGAAAGCAAGAAAAGCGCGCGAAACGCGAACAACGACACAAAAGCGAUCCUUCCACCAGCACAUCUUCAACCUCAACCUCAACCUCAAAACCUGCGACAGACACAUCAUCUGGAAACUUAAUCCUCGCCUACCUCUCCCAAUACCACAAUGACCGCACAGCCUGGAAAUUCCAGAAAAUCCGCGAAACACAGCUCCUCAAAAACGUGUUUUCCCUCGAACAGGUACCCGCCGAAUACAACCUGGCACUACUGGCGUACCUGAAAGGAUUGAAGAGUGAGGGGGCCAGAACUAGGCUUCGCAAGGCUGCGCAGGAAGUAAUCAAAGUCGAUGAAGGGGUUUCUCCGAAAGAGAACAACAAUACUGAGGAGAGAAAAGGGGAGGCCGAAGAUGAUGCCACGAGAGUGUCUGUUGGACCAGUGCCGGAGUCUUGGAAGGAGAGGUAUGGCGAUGCAGUGCACCGGUUCAAGGGGAAUUUGAAUGCAGGUGUCAAAGACCUCGAUGAAGGUGUUUCGCUGGCUGCGUCUGAUGAAGACGAUGGUAGAGCUGAGGAUGUGGCAAACAUUUUCACAAGAUUCGAAAAUCGGAAACGCGCUGAGAUGGUCUUGUGGACUGUGUCUGGAAAGAUAAGCAAGUCUACACAUACUAGCUCUUCGACAAGCAAACCGGACACAGAAACGGAAGUUGAUACAUCUACGACUACAACUCCUGCAAGUAGCAGUAAGAAUAAUAAGCAGAAAGCCCCGGCAAGGAAGAAGAGGAAGAACCGGACUAUGAUUGUGGAGAUUUCAAGCAGCAGUGAGAGUUCGGAUUCCGAUAGUGACUGA